CAAUGAUUGUCUGUUAACAUAUAAACGCAUUUCGGUGGCUGGCAUAAGCAAUUGCACAUAACCCUCCUCCCCUCCUCCUUUUGACACCUUAUCCACCACCACUACCACGACGCCGAUUCUACGUCUAAAUUCCGAUUGCAUUUCUCUUUCUCUGCAAAAAAAAGGGAAAGAUCAUGGCGGUGCUUGCCCACUCGAUUGUGAUUUGCUUCGCCUUCUACCUCCUCCUACCACUCACUCAGUCUACUGAUGUCAAAUAUUGCAGCCUGAAAGAUGAGUACCCUGUGAAGGUCCAGGGAGUCAAAAUAUUGCCUGACCCAGUGGUGAGAGGCAAGCCAGUUACCUUUAGCAUCUCUGCCACAACAGGUCAAACAAUUUCCAGUGGGAAAGUGGUGAUCGAGGUUUACUAUUUUGGGAUACGUGUGCAUGCAGAAACCCAGAAUUUUUGUGAAAAGUUAUCCUGCCCGGUUUCAGCAGGCAACUUUCUGCUUUCUCACACCCAAACCUUACCUGGGAUCACUCCGCCUGGAUCUUACAAUCUGAAGAUGACAAUCAAGGAUGAUAAAAACAAGGAGUUGUCUUGCAUCAGUUUCAACUUCAAAAUUGUCUUGCAGUCGCUGGUGUCUGCUAGUUGAGCACCCAAUGACUACUGCGUUUUAGCGAUUGUUCUUGAUUGGUAUGUAAUUAUAAAACCAAAAUGUGUGUUUCAAGUGUCUUGAUGUUUUGCCAUCUGUAAGGAUCGGGUCGAAUUCCAUCAGUACUGAAUGUGUUUUUGCUAAACAAAACGAUAUUAUGAAUGAAUGUAUAAAAAUAUGAACGUCGCACUUGAUCGAAA